UGAAUUCAGUUGUGUCAAUUUUAACAGGGAAGAAGGAAACUGCGCUAGUAGAGAUGCACUGCAAGUAGUUUGAUGCUUGUCAAUUUAGAGAAGUAUCGGUCGAGGUUUGCUCCGUAAUCGCCGCAUUCUCAGCUAAAGUUAAUAAUUGGAAAUGGCUGGAAAGAGACCUGCCAGUGGUGCCAUUGCACAACAAGGACCUGGACAAAUGAGCUCCAUUCCCCUCUCUCGGUCCGAGGUGUUCGGGGAGCUGCGGAAGGAGCUUCAUGAGGAUGAGGAGUUCCGUCAGUCCGACGCUCACAUCUUCAUCAUCAUGGGAGCAUCGGGGGAUCUAGCCAAAAAGAAAAUCUACCCGACUCUAUGGUGGUUGUUUAGAGAUGGGCUACUUCCUGAACAGACUCACUUUGUGGGCUUUGCCCGCUCUGACUUGACGGUGGAUGCCAUCAAAACUGCCUGCAUGCCCUAUCUGAAGGUGGCAGACUCUGAGGCGGAGCGGUUGUCUGUGUUCUUCAGCCGUAACUCUUAUGUCAGUGGGAAGUAUGCGGAUGAGAGUACCUUCUCCAACCUCCACACCCACCUGUUGUCCCUGCCCGGUGGGGGCGAGGCUAACCGCCUCUUCUACCUUGCCCUGCCGCCCAGCAUCUACCACAAUGUCACCAAGAACAUUAAGCACCACUGCAUGAGCACCAAUAGGGGCUGGAACAGGGUGAUUGUGGAGAAGCCGUUUGGUCGUGACCUGCAGAGCUCUGAGGAGCUGUCCACCCACCUCUCCUCCCUGUUCACUGAGGAUCAGAUCUACCGCAUAGACCACUACCUGGGCAAGGAGAUGGUGCAGAACCUAAUGGUCCUCAGGUUUGGGAACCGGAUCUUUGGGCCCAUCUGGAAUAGGGACAGCAUAGCAUGUGUGGUCCUCACCUUCAAAGAACCCUUCGGCACCCAGGGCCGAGGCGGCUACUUUGACGACUUUGGCAUCAUCCGUGAUGUCAUGCAGAACCACUUGCUCCAGAUGCUCUCUCUGGUUGCCAUGGAGAAGCCAGCCUCCACCAGCUCUGAUGAUGUCAGGGAUGAAAAGGUGAAGGUGCUGAAGUGCAUCGCCCCCAUUACCAUGUCAGAUGUGGUGUUGGGGCAGUACGUGGGCGACCCAGAGGGAGAGGGGGACGCCAAGCUGGGUUACCUUGAUGACCCCACUGUCCCCAAAGGCUCCACCCAGGCCACCUUCGCCACAGCUGUGCUCUACGUGCACAAUGAGCGCUGGGAUGGUGUUCCCUUCAUCCUGCGUUGCGGCAAAGCCCUGAACGAGAGGAAAGCGGAGGUGCGGUUGCAGUUCACCGAUGUCCCGGGAGACAUCUUUGGAGCGCAGUGUCGUAGGAAUGAGCUGGUGGUGCGCGUGCAGCCCAACGAGGCCGUCUACGCCAAGAUGAUGAGCAAGAAACCAGGAGUGUACUUCCACCCCGAGGAGACGGAGCUGGACCUCACCUACAAGAGCAGAUACAAGGAUGUGAAGUUGCCAGACGCCUACGAGCGUCUCAUCCUAGAUGUCUUCUGUGGCAGCCAGAUGCACUUUGUCAGAAGUGAUGAGCUGAGGGAAGCCUGGAGGAUCUUUACACCUCUCCUUCAUCAGAUAGAGAAGGAGAAGACUCCCCCCACACCCUACAAAUAUGGAAGCCGGGGUCCAAUGGAAGCAGACGAGCUCUCAAAGAGGGUCGGUUUCCGUUAUGAAGGAACAUACAAAUGGGUCAACCCCCACCGACUGUGAGAGAGGAUGACAAGAGGGAAGAGGAGAGGAAGAACAGGGAUGGGGAGAGGAAGGGGGAAGUGUGGGGUAAAUGAGCAGUGUCAUGUUGCAAUACUUUUGAAUGUCUUCUUUGGGUCUGGUGGUUUCUGCUAUUGCUCUUUCCUUUCCAGACCUGUCAGGUCAACAGUGAAGAGAGAGACUAGGAAAUAUAUGAAAGGAAGCUAUUUAAAAGUAUUGGAGCAGAGCCUAGGUCUCAGGUACUACAUUAAUGCUCUGUACAAAUGACCUGGUGUCACUAGUAUCCAUCAGGUCUUAAAGUGCCUUGCAAAAGUAUUCAUCCCCAUUGGCGUUUUUCCUAUUUUGUUGCAUUACAACCUGUAAUUUUAAAU